CGGCUGGGCCCUAGGCGCAUGCGCGUUGCGUGACGCGCUGCCGCCGCCACACCGGGGCCUGAGCGGUCCGCCAUGGGCGGCAGGAUCGAGUGCGUCUUCUUCAGCGAGUUCCACCCUACGCUGGGGCCCAAGAUCACCUACCAGGUGCCAGAGGACUUCAUCUCCCGGGAGCUCUUUGACACCAUCCAGGUGUAUGUCAUCACCAAGCCCGAGCUGCAGAACAAGCUGAUCACCGUGACGGCCAUGGAGAAGAAGCUUAUCGGCUGCCCCGUCUGUAUUGAGCACAAGAAGUACAGCCGAAAUGCUCUGCUCUUCAACCUGGGCUUCGUGUGCGAUGCCAGAGCCAAGGCCUGUGCGCUGGAGCCCAUAGUGAAGAAGCUGGCUGGCUACCUCACCACCCUCGAGCUGGAAAGCGGCUUCAUCUCCAACGAGGAGAGUAAACAGAAGCUGGUUCCCAUCAUGACCAUCCUGCUGGAGGAGCUGAAUGCCAAAGGAAAAUGCACCCUGCCCAUAGAUGAAUCAAACACCAUCCACCUGAAGGUGAUCGAGCAGCGCCCGGACCCCCCCAUCGUGCAGGAGUAUGAUGUCCCCGUCUUCACCCAAGACAAGGAUGACUUCUUCAACUCCCAGUGGGAUCUCACCACGCAGCAGAUCCUGCCCUACAUUGAUGGCUUUCGGCACGUCCAGAAGAUUUCCGCAGAAGCUGACGUGGAGCUGAACUUGGUGCGCAUUGCCGUGCAGAACCUGCUGUACUACGGGGUCGUCACGCUCGUCUCCAUACUCCAGUACUCCAAUGUCUACUGCACCACACCAAAGGUUCAGGACCUAGUGGAUGACAAGUGUCUCCAGGAAGAGUGUCUGUCCUAUGUCACCAAACAAGGGCACAAGCGAGCCAGCCUCAGGGAUGUCUUCCAGCUGUACUGUGGGCUGAGCCCUGGCACGACAGUGCGAGACCUCAUCUCCCGCUACACCCUGCAGCUGCAGAGAGUGGACGAGAGGUCAGAGCCAGCACCUCCUGCUCGGUCCCUGAGGGUGGUGGUGACACCAGGGGUGGCAGGGAGGCUCAUCCAGUUUGGCUUGAUGAAGGGCCUUAUCCGGCGACUCCAGAAAUACCCUGUCAAGGUGUCCCGGGACGAGCGGAGCCACCCAGCCCGGCUGUACACAGGCUGCCACAGCUACGAUGAGAUCUGCUGCAAGACCGGCAUGAGUUACAAGGAGCUGGAUGAGCGCCUGGAGAACGACCCCAACAUCAUCGUGUGCUGGAAGUGACGGCGGGGAUGGCACCCGGGGUCCCCCCCCCGGCGCGUCCCCCCGUGUGUGUCCCCGCAGCGCGGUGCCGGCCGCCGUCGCUCCUCCGCGCCGCCAGGGGGCGGCAGAGGCUCCUUCCCGCCGCCAGUGGCCCGCAGCGGGUCCUCCGCGCCGCCAGGGGGCGGUAGAGGCUCCGCCAGCGCUCCCCGUUGCCAUAGCGACAACGACGCCGCC